AUGGUGGCGAUUUAUAUAAAGCAGAUCUCUCAACAGCCCUUUGACCCCAUGAUCUCAGAAGAUAAAAUAACAGUCCACUUUAUAAACCGUGAUGGUGAAACAUUAACAACCAAAGGAAAAGUUGGUGAUUCUCUGCUAGAUGUUGUGGUUGAAAAUAAUCUAGAUAUUGAUGGCUUUGGUGCAUGUGAGGGAACCCUGGCUUGUUCAACCUGUCACCUCAUCUUUGAAGAUCACAUAUAUGAGAAGUUAGAUGCAAUCACUGAUGAGGAGAAUGACAUGCUUGAUCUGGCAUAUGGACUCACAGACAGGUCACGGUUGGGCUGCCAAAUCUGUUUGACAAAAUCUAUGGACAAUAUGACUGUUCGAGUGCCUGAAACAGUGGCUGAUGCCAGACAGUCCGUUGAUGUGGGCAAGACCUCCUGAACUAGAACAAAUGGGAAUGUUUUCAUGGAAUUUUACCUAUUUUUAUAAUUAUUAUUUCUUAAAGUGAUUAAAUGAGAACAUGGAUGAGUGGACUUCAUAUUAUGACUAGCUUUUACUAUUUUAAUUCACGUUGUAUAACUACAGAAUUUUGUCAUUCUUGAAAGUAUGCAAUUUUUAUUUUGGUUAUAUUACAAAAAUGUCAAUCAAAUAUUAAAAAAUAGUUAAUGUGAUAGAAAAACCUUACAUAUUUUUUUCUUAUUUUUGUUUAGCGACUUUAGCAAAAUGUUUUCAUAUAAUCUCAUCUGUUUACCUAGAAGAUAGGUUAAGGAAAUAUAUUAUUAUUCCUGUUUGAUGUGGGUGAAGGCAGAGAUCUAACCUGGCUUGUUUAGGGCCAUACCACUGAUUAGAAAAUCUGUACUAGAACCUGUGUCUUAUUACUAUAAGUUAUGUGUUCAGACUGAAACUGGAGAAAUUAUGACUAUUUAUAGUGAUAGUUAAAUCUGAAUGUGUAUGGACAAAAAUAUUUAAUUGCUCAGUGAACUGCUUAACUUCAAAGGUAGUUAUUAACCUUAUAAAUAAAUGUUUCAGAAUUUUGAUUCUGAAGUCUAAGUCUGAGCAGAGAAAUUAUAACGCUGUCAAAGAAGUUUGAUCUCUGUUUUGACUAUACUAGAGGAAUAACGAUUGGUUGUGUUUAUUCUUUUCUAAGCAGAACGGUUUAACUUUGUACUCUUUGAAAAAUCAUGCUGAUUUAUAAAUCUCUGCCUAUAACAGAAUGGAAACCUUAUGAAUGAAUUGUUUUUCUCUGUCCUGAGCUGGAGAAGGGAAUGAGCAGGCUGACACAUCGCACAGCCCUAGGUGGCGCCAUUCUCUCACGCAAGGAUGGGGCUGCAGUGUGAGCAGCGUGGACUGCAGUGUGUCAGUCCCAGGAGGGAGGGAGUGGCGAGCACCACAGAUUACCAUGUAUGUGUGGAAGACAUUUGUAACCUUAUCUUUACUAUAAAUAAAUUCAUAAAAGUUAA